CUGUUUUCGAGUUCUUUUUUUCGCUGGGUAUAAACCAGUAAGAGUAAAAGGAAUCACUGUGUAAAGUCUCAGCAAAGUUUCGUGGCCACUACACAGACUACAGGUACGUGUGUGUGACUGUACGUGAUUUUGAUUUCGCGUUUGUUUCAGUCAAUUGUCACUGAGUCAGAAUGACAGUCAUUCUGACUAUUCUGAUGUCACUUUUUGCUGCAUUUAAGCUGCAUUGGUUAUGGCGGUCCAACAUGGAGAAUAAAGGAGGCUAAAGUUUGUUUUCUUUACUAGCCGUUAAUUUAGUCUUCGAGACGAAAAGUUUCAGCUAUAUACUUUAUUUGACUUUGCUUUAAAGUCGCAGUAAUUUUAUACGAAAACUCAGUCCUUCAGAACCCCGGAAAACUCAGACUGUUGGGUGUCUCGUAACCAAUUAUUUACGGCCACAGCCUUUUCUAUUCAGUGCAUGGAAAUAUUCGAGAAAUUGAAAUUGUGCGAGGAAGCGUUACGUUUUCUCUGUGACAGAUUAUACAGAUUCGCAACAGGAAGUAGAAUUCGCAACAAGUAUAGAAUUGAAAUACAACAACAAGUUUAUUCAGUAUUACCAUUUUGUACAGGUGUUACCGAUUAAAAUCAAAAUAAUAAACAGCUAAAUUUAAGGAAAUGACGAUGUGAUGGAACGGUAGAAUUAACUAUGUUUCUUUCGUCUUUCAAAUGCUUGAGAGACGAAAUUAGCAGCUAGCCCGGUGAAUCAGUAUUGUUAAAAAGAAAACAGACUUUAUCAUGGAUAUUGCAAUUUGUAAAUAAUGUAUUUCGGUCGUUGAUUUUAAUAAAAUGAGUCUUUCUCAAAUCACUGUAUUGAUCGCAGUAAAAUAAUUUGUGCAGUUCAUUUUCAACCGAAUUUUGGUUGCAAUGAUCACAGAUUCUAAGGUCUUCAGGAGUUUUGGGGAUUGUAAAUCUUCCAGUUUCUAUUUUUAAAUUAUGAUUUCCUAUCCUAAAUUUGGAAGCUACAUGCCUAUCUUCAGGAUUCCGGAUAUGAUUGAAGAAUUCAGAGUGAUUUGUUUCAUUUUUAAAGAUGAAGUAGAAUUUUAGUUUUUUAUUUGUUCUUAUCAAAUUUAGCUGGUGUUUUUUAAGGUGUUUUGACAAAUUAUUCUCAGCUUUGGAUAGGAAAGUAGAAGGGUUUUUAAAGUUAACUGAUUGUUUAUGAAAAUUAAGUUGUGUAUUCAAAAGAUUUAUUUUAUUUAUUAGACCUNGUGUCUCGUAACCAAUUAUUUACGGCCACAGCCUUUUCUAUUCAGUGCAUGGAAAUAUUCGAGAAAUUGAAAUUGUGCGAGGAAGCGUUACGUUUUCUCUGUGACAGAUUAUACAGAUUCGCAACAGGAAGUAGAAUUCGCAACAAGUAUAGAAUUGAAAUACAACAACAAGUUUAUUCAGUAUUACCAUUUUGUACAGGUGUUACCGAUUAAAAUCAAAAUAAUAAACAGCUAAAUUUAAGGAAAUGACGAUGUGAUGGAACGGUAGAAUUAACUAUGUUUCUUUCGUCUUUCAAAUGCUUGAGAGACGAAAUUAGCAGCUAGCCCGGUGAAUCAGUAUUGUUAAAAAGAAAACAGACUUUAUCAUGGAUAUUGCAAUUUGUAAAUAAUGUAUUUCGGUCGUUGAUUUUAAUAAAAUGAGUCUUUCUCAAAUCACUGUAUUGAUCGCAGUAAAAUAAUUUGUGCAGUUCAUUUUCAACCGAAUUUUGGUUGCAAUGAUCACAGAUUCUAAGGUCUUCAGGAGUUUUGGGGAUUGUAAAUCUUCCAGUUUCUAUUUUUAAAUUAUGAUUUCCUAUCCUAAAUUUGGAAGCUACAUGCCUAUCUUCAGGAUUCCGGAUAUGAUUGAAGAAUUCAGAGUGAUUUGUUUCAUUUUUAAAGAUGAAGUAGAAUUUUAGUUUUUUAUUUGUUCUUAUCAAAUUUAGCUGGUGUUUUUUAAGGUGUUUUGACAAAUUAUUCUCAGCUUUGGAUAGGAAAGUAGAAGGGUUUUUAAAGUUAACUGAUUGUUUAUGAAAAUUAAGUUGUGUAUUCAAAAGAUUUAUUUUAUUUAUUAGACCUGAUGUAUUUUCUUCGGCCAUUUUAUCCGAUAUGUUUAAGUAGAGUUUAGCGAUGCUGUCAGGGGGUUGAUUUUCAAAGUGAAUCCAAAACUUGAAAAUGUUCAUUGUUAUUUGUAAAUUUAGAGAUAAUCUACCAAGUUCAUUUCUCGAUGCAACAUUCGGUGAACGUUGGUUUAAACCUAAACACAUCUUACAAAAAUGUAUAUGCGUUUUCUCAAUCGAGUCUUUAUCCCAUCCUCUAUAAUCACUUUUAUCAUAGAUUCCUCAAACUUCAGAGCAAUACGUUAAAACUGGGAAAAAUAGAGUAUUGAACAGUUUCUUGAUGAUGUGAAUUGGUAAUUUUAGAAAAUCUAGAUAACGACGAGCGGCAAAAAAGGAUCUCUUUGCUUUUUCUGUUAAGUUUUCCUUGUGAUUUGUAAAAUUUCCAUUGGCAGAAAAUUUCACUCCAAGACAGGUAUAAUCAUUGACGAUUUCAAUGUUUUCAUUGCUAACCAUAAAAUUGUCUUUAUCUAUUGCUGAUUUUCUACUUGUCUUCUGAAAUACAAUAACUUUGGUUUUAGUUGGAUUAAUCUUAAGAAGCCAAUCCUGCCAAUAUUUUGAUAGUCUGUCAAGACUUUGUUGCAAAACCUUCUGCCGAGGUAGUAAGAUAGAAUCUUUAGCAUUGUUAUUUAGAAUGAAGGGUAGUUCGUUUAUAUAAAGCUAGGUUAAAAUAGAAGCGGCGACAGAAUACCACCUUGUCGUACACCUCUCUGCUCCCCAAAAUAUAGUGUGACUAAUUUGACCUAACCGGAAAUUCCAAAAAUUAUUGCAGUUAAGGGUCAAAACGUCGUUGAUAACAAGCUGGUACAUGUCUCAAUUCUGGUUCUUAAAACCUUAUUGUGGGAAGGAACGAGAAAGGGGCCUUUAGUUUUACUUGUCCAUGCUACCCUCAUUUGUAGGGCUUAUUUUGGCCUACAAUAGAUGGGUAUGUGCCGCUGUACAGAUUGUGGAUUUCCAUGUAGUCGGCUCCUAACAAUUUCAUUGUUUAGCGCCUUUGACAUGGUGGGCAGGAAGGGACCUUGUAGUUGUCCGCGACAGUUUCUUGGAGCUGUUUUCCGUCUACAUAUGGGCGACAUAAACAUCAAGAAAGGCGGCGUGGCCGAGGAGUAGUAAACUCCUCGGACUCGCAAUCCGGCAGUCCCGGGUUCUAGUCCCGCUCUGGGGACUUGCUCGAUUUGAUCUCUAGGUCUUCCCGUGUUCAAAUCCUCGGCCACGCUUAUAGACCUUAUAAAUAGCCAACUGAUUGCCUCCUGCCAGUUGGAGUUUUAAAUCCUGUUAUGUUGUAUUUGAAUUUUGUUUCUAAGUAUUUGACUUGAGUGUCUGUAAACUAGCUGGAUAAGCUAAGUGCACUUUCCACCGUAAACCUGAGCCUUUAAUCUUUAAAUCUUUAUCGGGUUCGUGAGAGAUAUUGUUGUUACGCAGGGCAAAACACACUCACAAGUCAGUAUUGUUUCUACAAGAAGGGGGUUCUGGAAAGAAAGACUUUAGUUCGCGUUCCGUAAGAAGGUUGCUUGAAAAAUGGGAUACACGCGGAAAACCACUUGUGAUAUGAGGUGCUGGAACCCUGUAGGAAGGAAGUUGUUGCUCGGUUGGGUCUUUUUGCUUGAAUUUUUCUUGCUUUUUUGUAUUUUUUAUUAACUGUAGUUUCUGUAGUUUAGUCUUCAUUGCCUAGCUGUUCGCUUUGUAAAAGCGUGCAUCAAACUUUCAAGUGUAGGGGGAGAAGGGAGGAAGUAUAGGAGAGAUGAUGAUUAGGAUAAUGAAGGAGAGCUGAUCGUUUUUACCUGCCAGUAUAACAAUUAAUUAAGUCUUGGAAAAAAACUUUGGUAUUAAUUUUUUGUACCAGAUCCGCUUCAAACGAACUCCCCUUAAGAGUAAAUCUCGAGGAUGGGGCGGGGGGGGGGGGGGGGGGAGGAGGGGAAGGUUGGGGGGGGUUGGGCCGCCGGGGCCUUCAAUUUAUUAACUCCUGGGAAUUUAUUUUUUGGUACCGCACCUUGCAACCCUUUAUUCCCGCCCUUAUUUCACACUUUUUCCAAUGGCCCAAAAUUUAAGAGGGUAAAAAAGGAAAAUCCUGAGUGGAGGAGAGAGGGGGGGAAGGAGGUAGAAUGGGAAUUGUAGUGUAGAAAAUUUUUGAUUUGGUAUGUGUAUUUAUUUAUAUAUAAUUUAAAAUUUUAUUUAGUGUUUAUAAUAAUUUUUUUUUUUAUUUUUCGAACACAAUACCAGUCAAAAAAUAGGUCGAGAAGGAGUGGGGGGGGGGGGGGGGGGGGGGGGGGGGGGGGUUGGCAUGAAGGAAAGUUUGGGGAAGGUUGUGCCGCCGAGGCCUUCAAUUUACUAACGUCAUGGAAUUUAAUUGUUGGUACCGCACAUGUACACCGCUUAUCGCCGACCUUAAUUCACACUCUUUCCAAGCGACACAAUGUUAAAGGCGCUAAACAGUCAAAUCGUCAGGAGCCGGUUUAUUGAAUAGCCAGAUAUCCACAACCUGUUUUGUGGCACAUACCCUUCUAGGCCAAAAUAAGCCAUGUAAUUGAGGGUAGCAGGGAGAAGUAAAAGGCCCCUUCCUCCUUCCUUCCAACUUAAGUCCCUACGCCCUUACCCCUCCCCUCCUGGGCACUUCCGCACUUGGGUCCUCUCCUUUUGUUACUUUUGUCAGUUGCAAUGCGAUCGAUUGAUCAAUUCUUUUUCCGAAAAACAAAAAUUGAAAAUUGAUCGCAACAUUCAAUUUUGAAUAAUCUUCCAAAUUCACGUCAUUGUAAUUGAGAAAUGACUGCGGAAAUGGUUUUCCCGCGAAUAGCUAAAAUAUCCAUGGUUCGAUAAUCUUUUUCAUAUUGACUGUAGAAAAUAAGAGCUGUGUGUUUAUUUUCUCAUAUUUGUUUACAGGGGAAAACGGUGAAAAGAGUUAUGAAACAUGUUCAUCCAUUAUGCAGGAAGAAAACAAUUGGAAAAUCAAAAAUUGACAUCUAUUUUCAAAUUUUGUUUUUGAAUUGAAAAUUAAAUGGACAAAUGAUCCACGGCAUUAACAACAAGUGGGAGAACAAAUAGAAAAAUACUAAUAGCGCGCGUUUGCUAAAUGACUAUAAAUCAACACUAAUCAGAAAUGCACAGGGUGGUCCACUAUUUCUGUAUUCGAUGAUAUUUCCGUUUGUUUUUGCAAUUUCUCUUUCGCACUGAAUUUUUUUUCCAGGAGAACAUUGAAAACCUCCAGUUCGGGAGUCUCAAACUUGUUUCUGCCUAAGUGAACAUAAUAUCUAGCAAUUAAGGGAUAAUGGUUAAAAGUAUGAAAGCUGUUAGAUUCAGGUUUGUAUCCAUAAAGAGCUUCCGUUGGAUUGGGAUUUUUGUUUUCAGAACGUUUACGAUUCCACCAAUCUAUGACUUUUUUCAAAAAAUUUUGAUGACAGGGCACUCGUAAAAUAUAUGGCUAAUAGUUUCACGGGGAACAUCACAUUGUUCACAUUUUGGAGAAGAUUUAACGUUCAUUUUCCAAAGGCACUGGUUGGUUGGAAUUAGAAUAUUGUGGAUGAGUUUGAACUGAAAACUUCUUAGCUUAUUUCUACGGUGGCCUACUACGGCAAUGCAUUUGACAUUCAAUUAAUUUCAUUUUAUUUCAUUUCCAAAAAAUUAUAGUUAGGUUGAAUUAAAGGUAUUUAAGACGACAGCAAGCGUUUGUAUUUUAGGGGGUCUGAGUUUUCGAGACAACCAUGGGCCUGGGUUUUUGGGGGGUCUGUGAGGUUCCUUACACCCGCUUAGUCCCGGUUUUUUGACACCCCCCUCCCCCCCACCUUACAGCUCCAUUCAAGGUCGUUUAACAAGAGUUGACCCUUUUUCCCGGGGGGCCACGAUUAUAGAGGUUUCAAGAAGAGGAUUAUUGGGCAAAAUCAACUGUUUCCUUUUAAUUUCUCCUGUUUUCCUUCCGGUAAACUUAUUAACAAGUUCAAAAACUUAAAAUACAUGGGAUAAUUCAUCCAAGGAAAGUUACAAGCAAAAUGUCUUUCACCAACAAUGACACGCAAGAAACAUAUAUAUAUUUUUUUCAGUAAACGAAUUUUCUCGUCAAGUGCCCCGAUUACUGCUGUGAUGUACACCUCCACAAGCGCAACUAAACAAGAGCAUGUGUCUAUCCAAGGGACUGGUAGUUUAUUACCGGCCAUUUUGCUGGGGGGUCAUUUUCAGAUAAGUGAGCGUUACCUGGGGAGUCAUUUUAUACAUUUCAUCAAAGUAGUACAAUGCAGUAAUGAGCGUGAAUUGAAAUUGAAUGUAACAGCUGAAGAGAGGAUAAAGCCCUAUCCUCUCUUGAACAGCCGUAAAUAGUUAAGAUCGAUUGUAGAUAAAGUAUGUGGUGAGCUUCGACAGGAUUUGUAGCAAGAAUAUUCGCUGUAUAGUUUCCACUGCAAUCAGGCGGGGAGGGGGUCACUUUCACAAUAUGUACAAUUUAUGGGGGGUCAUUUCUAAACAGCUAUAUAUGAAGAAUUGGGGGCCGGGUCGGUUUGAAAACCUUCUAAGCUUUCUCAAAAUGGCAGGCACGAGCCUCACGGGUAAUAAACAACCAGCCCCUGUUCCUCUCGAUGAAAACGUGGUUGAAAACGGGUGCGUGAAUAUAGCUGUUAUUAUAAUUCGUUUUUCAACAGUUUAAAGCUUUUUUUUAGAGAUGAUAUCAGGAGCAGGGAAAAAGAAGAGUAUGAAAGGUGUAACGAGUGCCAUGAGAAGAAUCAAGAAAGCUGAAGACUUAAAAACACGAGGGAAAUUUAAAGAAUGCAUACGUGCUGCCAAUGAAGGGCUCUGCAUUGCCAAAGAAAUGGGAAAUAAGAUGGAAAUAGCAAAGGCGUGCGAGGUUCUAUGCGACUCUUAUUAUGAAGUCAAGGAGUAUAAACAAAGUAUUACCUUUGGAAAACGAUCAUUAGAUAUUGCCAAGAAAGUGGGAGAUAAAAAGCAGGAAGCAUUAUUGUACUAUAACCUAGCCUGGUCUUAUUAUAGUGCUGGAGACUAUAAACAAGGCCAAGAAUACGGCAAACAAUCAGCGAGAAUUGCCACGGAAUUGGGAAAUAAGGAACUGGAGGCAAAAGCCUGCCGCGUUCUUGCUUGGUCGUUUUACGAGGUUGCAUUCUAUGAACCAAGCAGAGAAUACGGCAAAAAAUCUUUGAGUAUCGCCAAGGAAGUAGGAAGUAAGGAACUACAAGCAAAAGCGUGUCAUUUUCUAGCUUGGUCGUAUUACGAGACUGAAGAACAUGUAGAUAGCCAAGAAUAUGGUAAACAAUUACUAAGUAUUGCCAAGGAAAUUAGAAAUGGGGAACGGGAGGCAGAAGCUUGUCACGUGCUAGCAUGGUCAUGUCAUAAAGUUGGUGACUAUAAAAAAGGAAAAAGAUAUGGCUAUCAAUUACUGGAUAUUGCUAAGGAAGUGGGAAAUAUGGAUCUGCAAGCAAAAGCGUACCAUGUUCUGAGCUGCUCGUAUUAUAUGUUUGGAAACUAUGAAAAAAGCAAAAAAUUCAGCAACCGCUUACUGAGUAGUGCCAAGGAGGUGAAUAAUAAAGAGCUGCAGGCAAAAGCGUGUUAUGCUUUAGCUUGGUCGAAUGAUGCGACUAAAGACUACAAAGAAAGCAAAUCACAGAGCAAAAAAUCUCUGAGCAUUGCCCAGGAUGUGACAAAUAGGGAACUGCAAGCAGCAGCGUACUGUGCUCUAGCUUGGUCAUAUUACAGGGUUCACGAAUUAAUAGAAAGCAUAGCAUACAGCAAAAAAGCACUGAAGAUUGCUCAGCAAGUUAAUAAUCGGGAACUGCAAGCAAAAGCAUGCUUUGUUUUGGCCUGGUCGCAUAAUGCCAGUAAAAACUAUGAACAAUGCGAAUUUUACAGCAAAAAGUCACUGGAAAUGGCCAAGGAGUUGCAAAAUGGUGAACUGGAAGCAGAAGCAUGUAUUCUUCUAGGCCGGUUAUACCGCUUGACUUCCAAAUUUAAAGAAAGCGUUGAAUACAGCAGACAAGCGCUAAAACUUGCCAAGGCAAUGAAAAAUGAGCAAUUGGAAGAAGAAGCACAUAUUGUUCUAGAUUGGUGGUACCUCCCGACUCACACAGUUGAGCACGGUAAGGAUGACUCAAUGUAACGUUUUUGUUAAGUCCUUUUAGAGACUAAUUUUAAAAUGAUUUAUAAAUGAAGAGCAUUUAUCAGGAGGACCCGCUGAAAUUGAACAAAAAAAUCUCUCUUACACUCUUACAGACAACAAGCUACGAUGCAACUAAAAUUAUCAAAAGAUGGUCAAAAAUUGCUUUCACACACAUCAUGAAACAAAUUAAACCAGUGCGAGAACAGACAAAAUUCCGUCCGUAAAUGAUUGGUCCAGUUAGCGUUGACCGUGUAUGAAGAACGCUUGCGAUAUCGGAAAAAAAUGACGUCAAUAGUGUAGGGUCAUUGCCAAAAUAAGUCAAAUAAGGCACGGAAACCGAGAAGCCCUGGAAACGUCAGUUACUCACUAAAUCAAUCAAUCAAUCAAUCAAUCAGUCAAUCAAUCAAUCAGUCAAUCAAUCAAUCAAUCAACACAUUUAUUUCACUACGCUGGCCACACACAACACAUGCACAAGAUGAUUUUCAGGUGGGGCGUAGGCAAACACACAUUAGAAACAAAUAGAAGCAGUAUGGUGUUCACAAAAGAUACAAAAUUUCAGAGAAAAAUUAGUAAUACGUUCAAAUGUACACAAUCUAACUAGUUCUAUAAUAUAGGUUGGUGGGAGUUUUGAAGAGUAAUUAGUUUUAUACACACAUAAAAAUUAUAUUAUGAAGUCAGAGCGAUCCAGCAGAAGGCAAAGAGGCAAGUUAGCUCAGCUCAGUUUUUUGGGUAGAGCUGGAGAAAAUGGCGGGAAAAUUUACACGUUUGCGAACUGAAGAAAUAGCUGAACUGCCCUUUUUAGCAAGAACAUCAAAAAUCAACAACAGCUGUUCUUCAGAUCAUACUCAGCCCUAGUCAAUACUUAAAGGGGCUGUGUCAUGGCAGUACAGUUCAUUUUGUUUAAUUUUGCCAAUUACUCGCCCUCAAUCGCCAUGGAACUUAAAGUAAGCAAAGAAAUUACAUGUAAAUGACAAAAUCAGAGAUCUGAGACAAACAAAUAUGUCUCCUGAGCAUUAUUUUUGAAGUUGCAAGCAGCAGGGAUCAACUUUGAAAAACUAUUAGGCUAAACAGUUUUCAAAAACCCUAAUUUCAAUCCGUUUCAAUUUUCUUCAGUUUUGCCCAUCCGUGGCAUCUGUUGUUUGUGUUGUGUUAUUUAAACCUUCCUUUAAUGUUUUAGCUGGUUAUUUUUAUAUUUCUCUUAAUUUAACGGGCAUUUUGUAAUUUCCUAAUUUGGCUGAAUUUCGUGACACAGCUCCUUUAAUAAUUGCUAAUUUAUAUGCAGAUCAAGGGUUUUUUCCGUUUAAAAACAUACUUACCUCAAUCGAUGUAAAGUUGGCGUCUACUCUUACCGCAUCGUGAAUCGACGAAAUGACCCGAGUACGACGACAAUACGUAACUUUAAGUCUGCUGAGUUGCUGUUUUUUUCCCUCCAUUUUUUCCAUCGCUGCCAAAACAGCUAAGCUUUGGCGCCUUCUGCUAUCCCUUUUUUUGUCGAUAUUAAACAAUUAUUUGAUGAGGUUUUUGUGAUAUCCGGAAAAAUGAAGGUCAAGGUAAGUGUUAUCAGCCGAGCCGAAGGCCGAGGCUGAUAACACUUACCUAGACCUUGAUUAUUUAGGAUAUCACAAAAACCGAAUCUAAUAAUUGUUCUAUUAUACAUUGUUGUAAAGAAAAUAACGACAAACAAAUUUGCAAGGAACUUGAAUUGACAUUUUUAUUGGAAAUCAUUAGCUGUAGGCUUUUAACCAAUCAAUGAGAAGACAGAGUACAAUGUGUAAUAAUCUGCACAAUCGGUGACAAUUGUACCGAUAUCUGCGAACGUCUUUCAAAUUUGGUCAACGGUAGCUGGAUAUGAAAAAAAAUAUAUUGAGCCAAUCAGAAACGGAGAAAAUAAAUCGCUGGGGUGCAAAUGCUAGUAAGAGCUGUCUAACACCAGCAUUUUUAAAUGCUAAAACUGUAAAACUGCUAAACUGUUUUAAAAAAACACUUUGCUCAUGGAUACUUUUAUGGGUAAAAUGAAUACGAUUUUAAAUCUAAACGAAUGACAACGAAAGGUAUCUAAAAACAAUAGAUGUUCUUAGCGUUAUCUUUCUUUCUUCUGCAUUUUGCUCGACCCUUUCAUACAAUUACUAUCCGAAACAUCUCCUUUUAUUAAGACCUAAGAAACAUUGAAACCUUUAUUUUUGUGACGUAAAACUGUAUUACAAGUGUUUUACAUAUCUAGUUCCGAGCGAGAUCAAAGCACGAGGACCAGAAGCACAGAUUGCGUAUGAAAAUGCUUUGAAGACUGGAAAAGUAAAGGUGUAUCGAACCCGAAUCAUGCUGAUAGGUCAAGAUCGAGCGGGUAAGACAAGUUUGAGGAAGUCCUUCUUAGGGCUGCCAUUCGACCCUGCGGAAGAAAGUACUGACGGAGUCGAAGUUGAUCCCUCGAAAUUGGAAGUGGAUACUGAUUUAGUAAAGAACUGGAAACGCACCGAUGAAAAAUUGGAAGUUUCUCAAUUUGCCGCUGAUCUUGCAAGGAUGGUGGCUAGAGAACUCCAAGAGAAUACCGACGACGAAGAAGAAGGACAUGAGGAAAUCAAUGGCGAAGACAACGAAUUCGAAAAAGAGGGAGAUGUUAAUCUAGUCCAGGUAAACCAAAGAGGAGCAACUUCAGAAUACCCAGCUACAAAGACUCGUAGAGGAGAUGAGAACGAGGUUGCUCUUUCUGCUUCUCUCCUCCCCCUUUCCCCCUGAAACGCCUGAUACUUAGGCUACGUAGUCGCUAAAUUUAGAAUUGUCUAUAAGGGACCGGUCAAAAAGUAUAGGCGGGGGUGGGCCGGAGCAGAGAGGGGGUGGGUCAUGAGGUUUUGAGCCUUGUGAAAGGGGUGGGUCGGGCAAUUUUCAGCUACCCUUAAGGGGUGGGACACCUUAUUUUUUACUAACUACUAACGAGACAGUUGACUACACUUGUUAUAUAAAACACAGCCAGCUAGAAUUAUUGCUAAAAUACUCACAAACCUGUUGUACGAGAAAAUACAAAGGUUGACAAGCCGCACAUCUAUACGGGCGUGGAACCCUCUGUUAACCUUUUUUUUUUCGGCUCUAACGAGCAUCUCCUUUAACGAUUUUCCUUUUUUGUAAGAAAAUGAUUAGUGGUUGGUUUUGUAUAAGAUUCCAUUUUUUCAUUCAAGCUUCCUUUAUAGUAGACACUGAGGGCUGGUAUUGUGUCACGAAUGACAAUAUUUCUUUUUCCUCCUUGUUGUUUUGUUUUAGGAGUUUAGACCCCUUUUUGUGAAUUUUAUUUCUGAUAGUAGGUUUUCUUUCAAAGAUAGGGGGCACACAACGAGAAUAUAGUUCAAAACCACUUUAACAUAGCAUUGUUAAACGUAUUUUAGUAUUUAAACAGUAGAUAUAGGCAUAUUUUUAUCCCCUAGAAAUUUUCCAUCUGCUCGGAUCUCCUAGCUGAAAGUCUAGUGAUACGAAAAUUAUAGGGAUCAAAACUUACCUUUUCGAAAAUUUCAGCCAGAAAAAAGGCUCGCGAAAAUUCUAGGUUGACCUUUUUAGGGUAAAAAUCCGUUAAAAAUGGGCAAUUAUACCAUUUUUUCAGAUGUUCGAAAAUCCUAGGAGGGGCAGACAAACAAGAAAUUUUACAGCAAAUGUUCCGAAAAUUCUAGAUCUCAAAUCGUCUUUCGAACAGAUAUUUUCUAAAAACUGACGUUGGGUGCCCCUGAAAGAUUGUUGGUAGCCUCCGUCCGUCAAGCGUUUUUUCUUUAAAUUUGGAUUAUUUUCCUCAAAGGUUGUUUCUGAGGAGGCUUCUCCUUUGACAAAUUCUUUUUUAACAUUUGGAGGGUGACACGAGGUGAAAUGUGUGUGCAAGAAGCUUUCCGUUUGUUUAAAAUGUGUCUUUGCAUCAAGGAUAGAUUUUUCCUUGAAUCUCGUGCCUUUGUAUACAACCGUGUCCAUUUUGCGUCAGAGUCACAGUUUACAAAGCCGGCACUUAAGUUAUCAACCCACUACAUUCGAACGAACAAGUUACUUCCGAAGCUACAGACCAAAUGAGUACAGGGUAUCCCUUUUCUAUAGCACAUACACGAAUUUCCAAACUGUCGUUCUAAAGACAGUUUUGCUUAGAGUUGUUGUUGAAAUUCGUUGUUGGGAGUUGUUGCGUCUGUUUGCACGCACCUUUAGUAAAUCUCUUGCGCUUUUUUAUUUGCUGUAUCUCAUGCCGUAUUGGCCAGAUAAACACAAAACGUGAGGAUUUUUCUCGGUGUGCACUUUCUGACUUUGAGAGCCUUGUGUUGAUAAUACACGGACUUGUACCGAAUCUCCCCAACGAACACGUAUGACAUUAAGCAACAACUGCACGGCGGCACUUUUAUUUUUUUUGUAAUUUCUCGAUUUUCCAAGAAGCGCUUUUAAAAGAUUUUGGAUACAAUUGGUUCCUAUUAAAUAGGUUCGUCUUUAUGGGCUUAUCUUGCAGUUUGGAUUUGACGAUCCUCGAGAACGUCAGCAACAAGAAACAAAUGCAGAGCCAUUGAUGGAAGAGAAACCAACCCUCUUUAACUCUCAAAUGAAUCAGGUGAGUUUAAAUUCCCCCCCGUGAGUUUAUAUUUUGUUCCAGGAGACGGGCAUGAGGAGACACAUCCUUGUCGGACGAGUGUAAACAUGGCAGCUCAGCGUUUCACUCCCAGUGGAAACUCCUUUCUCACAGUUGACUCAAUUGUAAGGAUUAGCAAGUGUAAAUCGCUCAAUCCAUUCACACUUCAGCUGCCGGUUACCGCCAGUAUAUAUCCUUGUGCCGCUUUUGACUCGGCAUAUUUCUGUAGGGUCGUAGACAACAUUUACAAAUAUUUUCUGCAAUGGGCGAGAUCUUAAGAACCAUAACCAAAUGAGCAUGAUUCAGUUAAACAGACUACUUUCGGAAAAUGAAGCCCAUUUGGGCUUGAGGAAUAAUUGUUAAAAAGUCUUCAGGGAAAUGCCCCAAAAUAUAGUCAAUGCAAACUCAUCACCUGGGCUUCUUUUCUUCUAAGGGAAAUGCCUAGGGGAUGAGCUUGAAAAAUAACAGCUAAAAUAAAACGAGUAUUUUACACCCCUACCCACAAUUCUCUGUCUAACCCAAGCGACACUUAUUUGAAGUCAGUGCGCGCGUAAUAUAUAUAAAGCUGGUUCGGUGGACAGAGGAUUGGGGGAGGGGUGCGUGAAAAUAAGGCUUAUUGUUUCCUGCCAGAAUGGCUGACUUGCUUAUUUUUAGUCAUAAUGCUGGAAUUUGAAAAGUUACUAUACAGCCCUGACUUAAAAAUGGCACUCAUUUUUCUUGUUACGAAAGUCUUCCAAUAGGAUACAAUGUUCAAAUGAAUUUAGGUUUAACUCUCACAUGAGAUGCUGUGUCACGCAAUGGUCAGCAACAAGAUUAUGUGGUGGCCUGAAUGUGUGGACGUGUACAGCGACCCCUCCCCCAGGAAACAUCGCCCUUGGCAGCCCAGUGAAAUUCGCCUUUCGGCUAUUCUUGUUCUGUCGCGUUUGAGGGUAUCAUUUUGACCUUUUAAAAAUCGUUUUAGGGUGCAUCUGGUAAAGCCGACGAAAAGGAAGCAAAUACGGCCGUCCCAACUGACUUAAAAAUCGAUCCGAGUUUGCCUCCAGAAGAAUUUAUGGACCAUCUUGUUCAACAUUUGAAAGGCUUAGACCUUCAAAGUGAAACAACAGCAGUUGAACAUCACAUCACCCUUGAUCUGUGGGACUUCGCUGGUCAACAUCUUUACUAUGCAUCUUACCCAGUUUUUUUGUCGACACGAGCAGUUUAUAUGCUCGUGUACAAUCUCAGCAAAGGAUUAAAGGAAACUGCUCAGCCUUGUUUCCGACAAGGAGUCCAUGAAAUUCUUCUCGCUAACCCAAAUAACGAAAGCAAUUUGGAAAAUUUGUUAUCGUGGCUGGUUUCUCUCAGUUCUAUGUGUUCAUUACAAUCACAAGUGAACGAAAGGCAAACAAAAUUGGCGGAUCUGCCUUACUGUCGCCCUCCAGUGUUUAUUGUAGGAACACAUGCAGAUAAACCACAUGAAGACAUAACAAAGAUGGAAUUACAGAUUCAAAGAGAAAUAAGUGGGAAGGACUAUGAACGUCAUGUGAUCCGUCCUUUCUUUUCAGUCGAUAAUAGGCAAGGUUCAUCUGAUGACGGAGUUGCCGCACUUCGGAAACGAAUGAUUGAAGUUUUAAAACAAGAACCAUACAUGGGAGAGGAGGUACCAAUUCGGUAAGUUUUUAGUCAAGAGAAACUCUUGCUCCAUAUUAUUUCUUGACGAUUAUACAUAAUGGUUAUACCACAGACAGCCCUUCACCAUACGGUAGUACUAUAACAGUAGUGGGUCGCGAUAAAUAAGAUCUACCUCGUUCUAAAGUAGAUAAUGGUUAGUCGUUCCGGCUUAAAAACACGUUUGAAACGAUUUCCUGCGAGUACAACAACAACAACAACAACAAAUUUUAUUGAAUAUUGGAUAUACUAUAACUAAUUACAUUUCUUUCCCACACGCAAAUAGCUUAUGAACUAAUCGAGGCGAGGGGAGCUCAAGACAUAUUACAAGUAAAAGGUUUAUCUAUAGAUAGACUAUAUAAUAACAGUAAAGAAACUACUAAACAAUAAAUACAAUAAACUAACAUAAAACAAAGCAAGUACCUAAGGAUUACGAAGAGAAACUAUGUAUUAAAUAAUUUAAUAAGAUGGGACACUUCGACAUAAUCAUCUUCUGACAGCGAGAAAUUUAGUAGUAAUUCCUUUAUCUUUUUACGAAAAGACGUAUGUUAAUCGAAUAAGGAAUAGAGUUCCAAAUUUGGGAACCGAUUCUAGUGAAAAAGGUAUACACGUUAUCGGUUCCAGAGAACUUAACAUAAAACGCGUCGCUAGAGACAGAUCUUGUUUUCUAGUUAUGAGUCUGACUUGUUUUAACAAAUUGAUUUAGUAUACUAACUGAUGCUGUCUGUCUAUUGAUAUCUUACAAUAAAUAGCUACAAUCUCUUAAAAAAUAGGCUAGGAAGGGGAACGCAAUUCGUUUGGAGAAAGAAGGGUACGGAGGGUUACGAUCUUUCUUUGAAAUGUCAAGGGACAGUUUCCCCAACCGCAGAUACCAUAAGUUAAGUAGGGGCCAAUUAAUGAGUUGUAAGUAAAACACGACGCGGGACGUACUAUCGAAUCUUGGCUAUAAUUCCUAUCGACGUGCUGAUUUUGUGACAGAUAGAUUCUUUGUGAUAUUUCCAUGAAUGAUUUGAAUCAAUCAUUAAGCCAAGAUAUUUUACAUAGUCUUUCAUUUCAAGGCUUGCGUAGGCGUUAGUCACGGAGUCAAGAAUUCUAAUCCUAGGUAUGAAGGGCAUAUUCUUUUGCCUUGGGCGAAAGAUUACAAAGUUUGAUUUCUUUAUGUUCAAAGACAGUUUUUUUGCGUUUAGCCAUUCGUUGACGUUGCCAAGCUCUCGAUUAACAAGUGAUUCGAGUUCCUUUAAGUUGUUAUUUGCAAGUAUUAUACUGGUAUCGUCAGCAAAUAGAUAAAAGGCAAAUAACGAAUAGGAUUUGUAAAUAUCAUUGAUGUAAAGUAGGCAUAAGAGCGAUCUGAGGACUGAGCCUUGUGGCACGCCGCACAAGGUCGUCUCAGCCUAAGCCACAACGUUAUUGACUUCCGUAGUUUGCUUUCGAUUAGUCAGGUAUGAUCUGAACCAGGAGUUGAUUACACCUCUAAUACCAUAAUUUUCAAGUUUAGCUAACAAAAUCUCAUGGUUAACAGUAUCAAAAGUCUUCUUGAGAUCGAUGAAAACAACCGUUGUCCAUAUUUGGAGAAUAUUGUUAACUAUGUCAAGUAUAGCAUAAUGAGUACUUUGCUUACUGCUAAAGCCUUAUUGCUGAUCGUAGAGAAUGUUGCAAUCUUUGACAAACGUAGUAAGUCUGGAGUUCAUAAGUUUUUCAAAUAUCCUGUCAUAAAUCGAGAGCAGUGAUGUAGGCCGGUAGUUUUCGGGCAGAGUGUCAUCUUCGUCCUUAAAUACUGGAAUAAUCUUAGCACACUUUAGUUUAGAUGGAAAAAUCCCUAAGCAAAUAGAUUGUUUAAAAAAUCGUGGCUAGAGGUACGGAAAUGAUCCUUUUUGCCAAUUUCAGCAACUUGACUGAAGAUGAGUAGACACCAUGGGCCUUGUUGUCCUGCAAAAUUGAAAGAGUGCGGCAACUGAGUCUGCAUCUGGGAAAAAUGGAGAUCUAUGCAGGACAGACUAAGACUGCAUGAAUAGGAUACCGAGAUGCGAUUCAUCCGUACUCAGACCUUCGUCAUAGCUGAAAGCGCUCACCAAAAACGGCCGUUUAUAGAGCUAGCUUAUGUUAUACAAUAUAAUAACUUGGCCAUCACCUGCUAAUCUAUCAGAGUACGGAAGAAGUUGACGUCACGAAGAAUAUGUUUUCAGGUCUUAUCCAGCACUUCCAGCACACUUAUGAAUAUGCCGAGGUGACAUUCGGAUUAAUGCCGAACGCUGGAAAGGACAAGCAAGGUCUAAUUUUUGCACCGGAUACGCUCGCAACUUUUAUUGCUACUUAAACUGGCAAUGCUUUCGCUAAUAAGUCCUCGUUUAUCAUACGCAGCGAACAUUGAAUAAGGGAAAAAACGUGUUGUAAAAGGCGGCAAAACCAGUUUCCUUAAAUACGAUUGUACGGUGCCGCGAUAUCCAUUUUGCACCUAGCCUGCGAACUACGCCGUCCCUUCUCGCUCCUCACCGCGGCUGGGGACAUUUCGUAAGAGAGAAACGAAACGGAACGAAACGUCCAUAGCGGCGAUUUCAGUGAGAAGAGAAGGCUUUAUUCGGAGGCUAAUUUGCACUGGUUUUGAGGAUUAGAUUUCAGGUUUGUGUCAACUGGUUAGAGUAUUUUAUUUGCUUAAUUUAGUAGAAGAGAUCAAUCUUUAAGUGAUGCUUAAACUUCGUCAUUAAGCUUUUGUUUUUUUCUAUUUUUGUUACCAGAUGGUUUAAUUUCGAGAAGGUUGUCCAAGCUUUGAUUGCUGAAAAGGUACAUUAUUUAAACCUCGAACAGCUUCAAGGUAUUAUCCAGAAAGUUUGCUUUAUUGAAGACGAAGAUGAGGUCGCCACUUUGUUGGAUUUCUAUCAUGACCUCGGCAUGAUUGUCAGACACCGCAACACAGUUGUGUUUCGGGCUCAGUGGCUCAUUGAGGUCAUCAGGCAACUUAUAACCAUUCGUUCUUUUAACGAAAUGGUAAGUCAAGUGUAUAAGUGCCCCCACGGAGAACACCAUCCCACCCUGCUAGAAAUUCUCUGCAUUAACACUGCCGCAGAAAAACUGCGGCGGAUUCAUUUACCUUAAUGAUGAUUAUCAUGUUUUGAUAAUAUCACACCCACUAAGACCAACUCGGCGUUUCCGUGAUGUAUUUUCGUUGAUAUGUGCAGUCAUAAAACUGGCUAAAUAUCAGUGAACCCUAGCAGGGACAAUUAAAUGUUUGCAUUUAGCAAAGCUGCAGACAACAUAUCCGAAACAUAACUUCAUUGCAGUUUAGUGAUUUUAUGUGACAUACGAGUUGAGGCUUACCUAUACGACAGAACUUCUUUUUUAUGACGUCAACUUUAUUAACGUGUCUCAGCGGAAAAAGUGUAUUUAUUUCCCACAAAAACUAAAACAAACAAACAAGCAAACAAAAACUCUUGCGAUAUUCCUUCGCCGAUCUGCCUCGACCAGUGAUUCUCGUCACCUGCUUCCAGCAGUCCCGUGAUAGUUUGAAAGCUUCGGGUCAUACAUUUAUUAAUACAUCGUGUUAGUACGUUAUCUGAAGGUUUUUAUUACCUCUCAAACUAUUAUGGGAUUGUACUUUCGAGGCCCUCCUCUUUAAGUUCUUUAGGAACUUACUUCACUGCCAAAUGUUUUUCCUAAUCCAGACUGAUUGUUUUAAUGCUAGUUUUCUUUUUCAACCAUGUACUUUAUUUAAAUGCUUUUACAUUUCUUCUGUUGUAGCACCUGAAAAAAUAAAAAAGAAAAAAAAAAGAUCCUGAGAUUGUUCAGUAAUAAGUUUGACGUUCUGAAGAAUUGCCUUCUUUCGGUUUUGUUAUAGGAACCGAAACAUUCUAAGUUUUGGAAGGAAAUGGAGACGACAGGUGCCCUCCACAUGGAGUUGGUUGAUCAUGUGUUCUCCAAGCACUGCCAGCAACAAGGCCUGAUCAAGGAGGAUAUCCUGAACAUGAUGGAGCAGUUCGGAUUGAUCGUCAAAUUUGCCACCUUGCCAACAAAUGAAAUGUACUUUGUACCCUGUCAACUGAAGACGCCACCUGACGCCCUUUGUGAAAUGGAGCCAUCACCGUCGGAUCCAUGUCCAUUGUACCUGCAUUUUCUGGGGGGUUUUGUUCCUCACGGUUUCUUCUGGCAGUUUGUGUCACGAAUCACCAAAUGGUGCUCUAAGAGUGGAUUUACGCAGCCACCCAGAUUUUUUCUUGCGGCCUCCAGGUUUGUCAUAGAGAAGAAGUCAAUUUAUCAGCUGAUUCUUGUGUGCAAAAAACGAUUCAUUAAGGUCAUCUUGACGCAUUCAGAGCCAGCCUGCGGAGCAUUAUUUUCCGAAGCAAGAGAAUUGGCCAUUCUUGUGCGAACGUUUUUGGAAGAAACAGUACAGGACCUUAGACGUGAACUCCCCUGGUUGGGCAAAUUGAAGUGUGAUUUUUGUGUUGUAUGUCCUAGCUGUCUGCGUAAGGAAGAAAUGUGUUCUUAUCACGAUGUUGUUUCAUGUGACCACGAGGACUGCCUGUGCCUUCUUAAAGCUCUCGAAGAAGGGCAACUCAGCCACUGUCCAAGUAACCUAGACGUUGAAGUGCCGACGGUUUUCGGGCUGGAAAAAUGGUUUGCAGCCAAAGGUUAGAUAACGCGAUACUUAAUGAUACAUUCACAAAUGUAGGAAAAGGAAAUCAGCCCUUAUAGUCAUUUCAGACGAAAGUAAUAGCCACCAACGAUAAAAUUAGUUUUUCUAUGUACGUGUUCCUUCGUGAAACGUUAUUAAUAUUUACUUCAAAUUAAAGUAACACUGAAGUAACUUAACUUGCCAACUAGACACUACACUUUUGCUAGUCCAGGGAACUUCUUAGACCAGGCAUCUACCAAUCGCGUUAGAGGGUAAACAACGACUGGAAAUUAAGUGGUCGUUGGUCGCAACUGAUGGGGCGGUCGUAUUUAAAGGUAAAAAGGUAGAGAGUCCUUUCAUAUCUUAAGUCGGUAGCUCGAAAUUAUUCAUUGCAACUGACUGACAAACACCUGGGGCCAACGGUGCGCUCAUUUUGCCUUCUUCCCCCUCUCCAACAGUGCUCUGUUUUAAGGGUAUUUAAAGCUAAUUAAAGCUUCACAGAAAGGAAAGAAGUUGAAAGAAGGAUUAGUGGUCACACCUGGGAUUGGAACUCGGGACCUCCCCCACAGAGGGCUGUGCACUAACCAACUGCGCUAAUCCUCUCACUUUCCUCGUGUUUACCAAGGCGACGUUAAAGAUUAAGGGAAUGGCUAGCUGGACUUUUUGUUUGGGCCAAAAAAGGGGUUGAUAUAACGGGACGCCUAUUCUCUUCUUUGUUAAUAUUUUGCCUUUUUUACGUCCUUAUUUCGAUGUUCAACUCGCAGUUGUAUAAUCCUUAUGAAUAGGUUUUUUACAAUUCUCUUUAAAAUGGCCGAUGGACAUCGUUCCUUUUUAUUGCUAAUUUGCUAUAGUCCAAGGCAGUACAGUUUUUGUUUAUACAUAUCUAUUUUACAGUCAGGUCAGGAAUAGACAGCAGAGACAUUUUAAUCGUUUUAACUUUCCCUUUUUUUACCGCACAGUUGUCUGUCCAGGUUAUCACCCUGGUACGGAUGAUGUUUACAACAUGACAGCUCGACCAAGAGGGAUAACGCUGAUUAUUAAUAACGCAUCUUUUGCUCAUCAUCCUCAACAUGGACAACAGUCACUUCGUCACGGAUCAGAAGAAGAUGUUCGUCAAGUUGAAGCGUUGUUUGCUGCUCUCGAUUUUUCAGUACGAACGAAAGAGAACCUUUCAAGACUACAACUCUUAGACGAACUUUACUACAUCGCCCGUGAGGAUCACAGUGCUUAUGAUUGUUUUGUGCUGUGGCUCAUGAGUCAUGGCAAGAGUGGUGAGGUGUUCUGUUCUGACGGCAACACGGUACCUAUUCAGACUCUUCAUGAUAUGUUCAGCAAUUGCGAUACGCUAAGCGGAAAGCCAAAGUUGUUUUUCAUCCAGGCAUGCAGAGGUGACGGAGAAGACGAGGGGGUGUCUGUUGCCGCUAAUACCACUAUUUCAUCUUACGAACUGCUUAGUCCCAACCAAGUUGAUUCCCCCAUCGACGCAGUGAAGAAACCUGCAUCCAAAGUACCCACACAUGCAGAUUUUCUGUACGCAUUUUCCACAGUCGAUGAGUAUGUAUCGUACAGGCAUGAGGCUCAUGGAAGCUUCUAUGUUCGCGGCCUAGUUGAGGCAUUCCGUGAACGUGCGGUUUAUGACCACCUCCUCGAUAUUUUAACAGUAGCCAACCAGAAAGUCAGUAACAUGGAAGCCAGCAUCCCAUCGGUGGAGAACGAGAAUGAAAUAAAAAUCUUUAAACAAAUGCCAGAAGUUAAACAUACCUUGCGGAAAAAAGUUCGUUUUUAG